UGCUGUUAAAGCUGUGUGUCUGUUGCUUGACAGUUUAAAGAUGAUGACCUCUUCGGAAAUCGAGGUAGAGAACUUGAGUGAAAAGAAUGUGGAAGAUUCUGCAAUUUUAGAAGUAAGCACAAUGGCAGUCGGCGGUCUUAUUAAGCAGGAAAGCCGCGAUGUCGAUUUUCUUUCGAAUUGUAGCACGUCCGUCGAGGGUUCUGUGAUAGCUUCUCCCUCCAUUGACAGUUUCUCUACUCUACCAGAGCAAGAAAUAUCAGAUUUUCAAACAGAUUCUAGAGAUCUACAAGUAAAAGUAGACAAUCCUCAAAAGCAUCUUGAAACGCUUGAAACUUAUAUUACUUUUCGUAUAACAACAAAAUCCAUGAGACCAGAAUUUGAGGAAGGAGAAUACAUUGUCAGGAGACGUUACAAUGAUUUUAUUUGGUUGCGACAAAAAUUAGUGGAUUUAUAUCCUACACAUAUCAUACCACCAAUGCCUGGAAAACAUACGUUACUUGCUCAGUUAGAUCGUUAUUCCAAAGAAUUUAUCAUAGCACGCAUGAAGUUGUUACAUGUAUUUCUUAACAGAGUUGUGAAUCAUCCAAUUCUCAGUUGUGACAAAAAUCUGUACAUUUUUCUGACUACUAAACCUGCAGAAUUUCUUAUACAUCGUAAAAAUCGUGGAAAUGUUCUUGUUAAAAUGACUGAUUCUCUGCAAAAUAUCGCAAGCACAUAUACCAUGAAACAGCGUCAUUUUGAAUUUGAGCAAAUUCGGGAUUAUUGUACAGCUCUUAGCGAAAAAUUAGCAACUGUAGAUAAAAUAAAUCAUCGUAUACAUAAGGAAAGGCAAGACUACUUGCUGGAAUUGCAUCAAUUACAUCCAAUUUUCACCUUAUGGGCAACUUCAGAGCCAGAAUUAGCUUCCUUUCUGUUAGCUAUUGCUAAAGCAAUAGAAUGUAAUGCAGUGGCUCAUCAGAAACUCUUAGAAAACGUAACGAACGAGGAACGAGAAUACAUUUCAUAUGUAGAUGCAGUUAGAAAUGCUUUAUCCCGACGGGACUCAAUGCAAAUUGAAUACGAAAUGACCGUUGAAGAAUUAGCAAAGAAAAGAUUAGAGAAAGAUCAGCUAAUGGGUCUUACAAGCGGUAAUUCUUCAACCCAAAAUUGGGGUGGAUCACUUUGGAAGGCAGAAUCCCGUGACGAAAAAUUAGAAAGACUCGGACAAACUAUUCCACGACUAGCAAAGCAAACAGAAUUAUUGCAAGAUCGUGUAGAAUGCGCGAACGAAAAUCUUCGAAGUGAUUUACAAAGGUGGAACGUUGAAAAACAAAUGGAUUUGAAAAAUAUGUUAAUUUCAAUGGCAGAUCGACAAAUUCGACAUUAUCAGCAGUGUAUGAGUGCAUGGGAAGAAAUUCUCACUGGUUUGAAACUGGAUGGAAUAGGAUCCGAAGUUAGCGUAGGACCACCUAUCAAGAUUCCCGUUUGAAUUCUAUAAUCUUUCACUUUCAUACAUACAGAUAGUAAUUAUCUUAUGCAUUUAUAAAGGUAAGAAACUUAAAGCCAUCCUUCGCCAGUAAUGACAAAUAUUUUAUUGCAUUUAAGAAACUGACCUUUCCAGUUUCAUUGUCGCUGCUUCAGCAAAUUAAAUAACUUUAUCUCUCAAAUCUUAAAUGUUUUUUGUAGAAAGUACAAUCGGUACUUAUAUACAUUACAAUACAGUGAUUAGUCGCACACGUUGUGCACAUUUAUAUAUGUAUUUCAGUUUUCCAGAUAUAAAAAGGUUUAUGGUAAAAUGGCUUUAUAAUACAACACGGUUACGCGAAGUUAACGCGAAAACGCAAAUAAAUGUAUUUAAUUCUAUAAAUCUAACUAGAGCAACUUUUAGCAUAAAAAAUUAAUUAGAAAGUAUGUUGAGAUAUAUUUUUCCUUUGCUAAUUAAUUUUGGGACCAAGUACUAAAUAAUUUGUUACUAGUUAUUCCAUUUCUUUGAGACCAUAUACAAUACAUUCAUUGACAAUCAGUUCUUAGUUACUUAUAUCUGGUAAUUACCAAAGUUUAUCUAUAAUAUAUAGAUAAUCAAUAUAUAGCGCUAGAAUAUAAUUUACAAAGUUCAAGCAAACUGCUUGUAAUAUUCGUUGUAUUAUUAUUCAGUAUCUUUAGUCUAUGUCAUUAAGUUUUGAACAAUCCAUUAUAGCGGCACUUAACAAUCAACUUAUUUAGGUAGUCUCGUGAAAAAAGCACAGUAAGAAUCUAUACAACGUGUUACAUCUGUUGCUAUUCACGCUUGGAAUUAAUAAUUUUUUGAAAUAGUAUCAUAAGUGUAUGGGGUAUGUUUCCAAUACAUUCAGUAUAUUGUACACGCUAUCUUAUUGAUGAUGAAACUCAUAGAUUUGUAACACUAAAUAAAUUAUUAUUUGCGACA